GAAUGCUAUAAAACUUUUUAACUGUUGUUUAUAGUAAAUCGUGUAUAUAUAUCAAGCCCACAUGAAUCGUGAAGAAAUGCAACGUAAUAUUUAUUAUUCAGACAAAUACUAUGACGAUGAAUAUGAAUAUAGGCACGUUGUUCUACCUCGAGAAAUGGUUAAAUUAGUUCCUAAAACGCAUCUAAUGUCUGAAGAAGAAUGGAGAGGGAUCGGAGUACAGCAAAGUAAAGGAUGGGUGCAUUAUAUGACACAUUCUCCAGAGCCCCACAUUUUGCUGUUUAAAAGGCCUAUUACAACCCCACCACCCAAGGAUGAAUAGUUGUAAUUAAUGUAAUUCCUGUAUAGAAUUUUUACUGAAGUAUUUAGUUUUUAUGGAAUUGCAGAAACAUUUCUAGUAACAAUUGAUGUCAAAUUUUAGUCUAAUCAGAAUUUAGUAGUUCCUAAAAUUUGAAUGUGUCACUUGAAGUAGGGAGAUGUUUUUGUAGUUUAUUUUUAGGAAAAUAAAGGCUGUAAUAAGAUAGGUUUGUAAUAAUUUUUGCUUUUGAUGAAAAUAUUACA